UUGGUUUAUUUAAAGGUGUGUUACUUUAAAGGAAUUUAAAAUAAAUACUUGUAAACCAUUUGGUAUUGGGGUAAAAAUGGAUACAAUUCCUGAAGAAACCCAAAUGGUUGAAGGAACAAAUAUGAUUCCUGAAGAACCCCAAAUGGUUGAAGGAACAAAUAUGAUUCCUAAAGAACCUCAGGGUGAUGAAGACCCAGAUAAUACAAAUAACUCAAGAGGGUUCAAGAUAAAAAUCAUCUGCUUGGAAAACAUGGAGCCUCCGAAGAAAGUAAUCAUAAAAGUCAAGCACAAUGAGGAACCAGUUGGAGAAUCUAAAGAAAUUUUGGUUCCAGAUAAAGAAGUGAAAAUUGACUGGGAAGCCUUUUUUGAAAUACCAGGAGAAAUGGAAAAUUUACUGGAUGAAUUAAUUAGUGAUCCAAUAGUUUUUACAGUUUUGUGUGAAAGGGUUUGUUCCCCGGAAGAAGACUCAUCUGAAUUUAAAAAAAGGAAAGGGGAAAAAGGAAAAGGCUCUAAAAGCCCAAGUGAGAAGGAGAAAUCUGUUAAAGAUCCUAGUGUUACAAAUAGUAGCAAAAAGACAAGCAAAUCAGUCAAAUCCAAAAAGGUCCUACCAAAUACUGAAGAACUCGCUGUUCUAGGAAUUUGUAAUUUAGAUAUCUUACCACUUUUGAUAGGACAAAGAGAUGAAGUUGAAGAAGAUCUUUUGCUAAAUCCAACAACAGAGCAAAAAGGAAGCAAUAUUAUAGCUUGGGAUAAUCUGCCAAAAAUGAAAGUGUCAGUUUCGGUAAAAGGAAAUAUUGGUGAUAUCUCAGAACAAGUUUCAAAUAUAUUUUUGUUCACUUUGGAGUCCUUACACAAUAUCAAUCUUGAUAAUACUAAAGAAGUUGAAGUCGCUACUAUGUUGCCCAAUAAUCAGGUUAUCAAGUUUAAAAGUGGAAGUCCCAUCUUGGAUGAUUCUGUGUGGAUCUCCAAAAGAAAAAAGUGGCAUGGGCUGACUAAUCUACCAGGUCAAGGGGCAUUGUCUUCAUACAAAGUUAGUGAGGAUAUUUAUGAUUUAUCCAUUACAACGGAUUACACCAUUAACUAUAGCUCUUUAAUAACAAAGCCAAGAUUCCAGUGGAAUCAAAUUCACAGAAGCUUUAUUACUACUGACUUGGAAAAAAUUUGUAUGGACAAAAUUGUAAAGUAUGGCUACUGGCCAGUAGAACUAAUCAUCCCAAGCUCAAAAAUUGAACAGCUGACUGGUGAAAAAAGUAAUACUGAAAAACUACUGGUCGAACAAAAUGAUCACUACGUUGCACUUUUGGAUCUGUCAAAACUUAUUUACCCAGGAGAAAAGUCAGUAAAAGUCGCCACUCAGCUUUUCACUUACACUGAAGAAACAAUGAAGAAAAUAUUUGGAUCCUCUCAUAGUUUAUUUGACCAAUUAAAAAAUACUUCCAAUGUUCAGGCUGUGAAACCAAAAAAUACAUCAUCAAAAAAAGACGGAAAAACAGGAAGUGCAAAAUCUAAGAAGGGUAGCGUGAAAUCAAAGGAAGGGAAAAAGAAAAUAGAUGAAAUAGAAGAGGCGGCUGAAAUUGAAGCCGUUUCUCCAAAAGAAUCUGCGCCAGUUUUCAAUGAGGAAGGAAACCCAAUAUUUAUAGUGGCCGAAGUAGAGCUACUCAAACCUUUGGUAGAAAAACGGAAAGAGGAACAAAUAUUGGAGAGCAUUCAUAAAAUAAUUCCAGAAAGAGACUGGCUAACAACCAAUCAAUUAGAGACCAUAAAUUACCCACAAAUGUAUGAGGAAUGUAUAAGAAAUCUUAUACACAAUAUUCAUGAAGAGUAUCAGAUGUUUUUCAAUGCAAACGAAUGUUGUAAAAACUCAAGCAAGAACUUUAUGUUGCAUCUUCAAGUGAGGGGAGUAUAUUCCAAGAUGGAAGAAACCCUGAGGGAAUCCAUAAUAUCCCAUGUAAAAGAAAUAGUGGGACCUGCUGACUCUUGGGGCAGGAUAAAAUAUGAUUGUCAGUUCCAGGAUGUUCUAGUAGGUGUUUACCAAGAAAUGGCAAAUAAGAUGUACGCUAUCGUAAACUCCAUCCCAGACCCUGGUCGUGUGAAAUAUGAGCCUGAAAUUACAUGUGCUAAUCUCAAGUUUUACGAGUCCGAAGCAUUGGAAGAAAAUGAUUACGACAAAGCUCAUUACUACUUGUUACAGAGGUUGGAAAAAAGUGAAAUAGCCGAUUCUCAGGUGUGGGUAGAUCUUGCCAAAUUUUGGAAAAAUAAAUUGGAAUUUGAAAAAGCUGAGGAAUGUGCUAAGGAGGCUGUAUCUCUUGAACCUAGGAAGACAAAUGCACUUAUGUUCCAUGGACUAUUCUCUUGGCUGAUGGAAGAUACAGAAGUGGCUGAAAUGUUUUUGUUGGCAGCCGUGAGUUUCAACCCGUUCUGCUUGGAAGGGUGGGUCACGUUGUACAUGCUACAUAAACAGAUGGGCAAACAGAGAGAGGCUAACGUCGAACUGUCACACGCUAAGAGCUGCAUCAAAGAUUUUGUACCUGAUAAUGAAGUGAUAUCGAACCUUUAUUGGUUUGCUGAUGUGUCUGAAAAAGACAGGAUAUUUCUUCUCACCGCAGCCAAACUAUUGCAUCUAUCAUUUCCUGAGUUUGCUGAGCUGGCAUUAUCCUACGAUCUACUUCUCCAUGGCAGGACAGUGAUCUACCUCUACUACUUGGCUGUAAGCCACUACCAGCAAGGACGGUAUACUAGCAGUCUUGUCCACGCAGAGGAGGCUCUGAAAUUGAGUUGGGAGGAUGAAAGGCUAUGGGCAUUAAAAGGACACAAUUUGUUUAAACUUCAAAAACAAGAGGAAGCUAAAAUAGCAUAUCAGGUUGCCCUUAACUUCAAGGAUCGACAAAAUCAACAUUUAAUUAAUUUGAGGUUAGGACACAUUCUCAUGCUGGAAGGAGACCAUAGGGCUGCUCGAGAUUACUAUAUGAUCAUCUGUAGAGACAGCCCCACACCUCUCUCUUGGCUUGGAUUGGGUAUAACAGCUUUUGUGGAUGAUGACAUGGAAGCUGCAGAACUUGCGCUUAACGAAGCCAACAUGCUCGACUGCAGGAUUGGAAGAGUCUGGGGUUAUUUGGCCCUCAUCAACCUGAUGUUGGAUAGACCAGCUAUCUUUAACAGGUGCAUUCUACAGGCACUAAAGUACGGAUUUGAUGAUAAAGUUCUGCUAGAGCGGAUUGACAGUUUGGUCAAGUUGGUUCAACCAUUGGGAAACUAAAUAAUCAUCACAACAACCGAAGAAACGCCUAUUACUGCUGCAAGCUGUAUAUCUUUGAA